ACGGGGGAAACAACUCUCUCUCUCUCUCUCUCUCUCCUCAUUGGACGCCGUCGCCCUCGAUACGCUUCUGCGCAGUGUUGAAGUGGCGUCGUAAGGCCUCGGGGGAACGGGAAGCCGGCAAGUGUGGGACUCGCUCUUUGCCUCUGGCUUCCUGCUGACAGGAUUCGAGCACUGGUUCUUCAUAUUUUUGCCGGUUGCUCGCAUUCCGCCUCCUCAUUGGCUUCCCCCUUCUUGGAUCCGGCCCGGUGGACUUUCACGUCAGUUCUCGCACCCCUCCGCGUCCCCUGGCACGGAGGCGGUAACUAUGGAGAACAUGGCGGAGGAGGAGGAGGAGGAGGUGGCUCAGGUCAGGGUCUUGACCCCAGAUUCGGCUCCGACUCCGGCCCCAGCAUUCGGCCCGGAUUCUGAUUCUGAUCCGGCCCCGAGCCCGUCCCGGCGCCGAGCCUCUGCCUCCGAAGCGGCUGAAAGCAAUGCUCUAGUUAGUCCUUUGAAGUCAGUCGUAACCAGGCAAAAUGAAGAGGCUGUAUCUGAAGAGAUGACAGCUGAGGAGAAAGUAGCGAAGGAAGUUGUGAAGGAACCUCCUGCCGUCUUGGACUCACCCCACUUAACCACAGAGAAGCACAUCUCAAUUCAGAUGCAGCUUGCUGAUCUGGAGAAAUUAGCCUUUAUUCCUGAAGGAGAUUUUAAUUCUGCCAGUUCAUUGAUCUCAGAUCAUCUUGAUGAAGACAACAAACAGGCUUGUCCAUUGUGCCCUAAGGAAAAAUUUAGAGCCUGUAAUAGUCAUAAGCUUCGUCGUCACCUUCAGAAUCUACACUGGAAAGUUUCAGUUGAAUUUGAAGGUUACAGGAUGUGCAUCUGUCACUUACCCUGUCGACCAAUAAAACCAAAUGCUGGAGAACAGAUAAUCAAUAAAAUGGGUGCUCAUUACCAUUGCAUCAUUUGUUCAGCAACAAUCACCAGAAGAACUGAUAUGCUAGGACAUGUUAGGCGCCAUGUGAAUAAAGGAGAGACUAAAUCAAGGUAUAUUGCUGCUUCUACUGCUAAACCAUCCAAUGAAAUUUUGAAGGAGGCAGACACAGACAUACAAGUUUGUCCUAACUAUUCCAUACCCCAGAAAACAGAUUCCUUUUUUAAUCCCAAAAUGAAACUAAAUCGGCAGCUAAUAUGCUGUACUUUGGCUGCUUUGGCUGCAGAACGAAAACCCUUGGAAUGUUUAGAUGCCUUUGGAGCCACUGGAAUAAUGGGAUUACAAUGGGCAAAGCACCUUGGAAAUGCAGUCAAAGUUACAAUUAAUGACUUGAAUGAAAACUCUGUGACAUUGAUUCAGAAAAAUUGCCAUUUAAACAAACUGAAAGUGGUGGUAGACAGCCAGGAAAGGGAAGAGGAUGAUGCUCCUGGAGAAGAGGAGGGUACUCUUGGUAAUAUUAAGGUGACCAAAAUGGAUGCCAAUGUACUGAUGCAUUUGAGAUCUUUUGAUUUCAUACACCUAGACCCUUUUGGAACAUCUGUAAACUAUCUAGAUUCUGCAUUCAGAAAUAUACGAAACCUUGGCAUAGUAUCAGUGACUUCUACAGAUAUCAGUUCCUUAUAUGCCAAGGCACAACAUGUUGCCCGUCGUCACUAUGGAUGUAACAUUGUCCGAACAGAAUAUUACAAGGAGCUAGCAGCCAGAAUUGUUGUGGCUGCAGUGGCAAGAGCGGCAGCCCGAUGUAACAAAGGCAUAGACGUGCUCUUUGCAGUGGCUCUGGAACAUUUUGUCUUGGUAGUUGUGAGGGUUUUGAGGGGGCCUACUUCAGCAGAUGAGACAGCCAAGAAAAUUCAGUACCUGAUCCACUGUCAGUGGUGUGAAGAAAGAAUUUUUCAAAAAGAUGGUAAUAUGGUAGAAGAAAACCCAUAUAGACAGCUGCCCUGUAAUUGUCAUGGAAGCAUGCCUGGAAAGACAGCAAUAGAACUUGGACCUCUGUGGGCAAGUUCACUUUUCAAUACAGGAUUCCUCAAAAGAAUGCUGUUUGAAUCUCUUCACCAUGGUUUGGAUGACAUUCAGACCCUAAUAAAGACGUUAAUCUUUGAAUCAGAGUGUACUCCUCAAAGUCAGUUCUCACUUCAUAUACCUUCAAACAUCAUCAAGCAAGAAGAAAAUGGUAUAUUGAUUAAAACUACAGAUGAUACAAUAGAUAAUUACAUUGCACAAGGUAAAAGAAAAAAUAAAGAAGUGGUUACAAAUUUAGCCAAGAAGCAAAGGACUGACAUCAGUUCUGAACACCCUCCCUUUUAUUAUAAUAUCCACAGACACAGCAUUAAAGGAAUGAAUAUGCCAAAAUUAAAGAAGUUUUUGUGCUAUCUUUCUCAAGCAGGCUUUAGAGUAAGCCGAACUCAUUUUGACCCAAUGGGUGUUCGUACAGAUGCACCUCUGAUGCAGUUUAAAUCGAUCCUUCUGAAGUACAGCACCCCCACUUACACUGGAGGACAAUCAGAAGGCCAUGCCCAGUCAGCAUCUGAAGAGACAGUAGCCAACAGGGUUGAGGUGUCAGUGAGUGACAAAACAGAAGCAGGUGGCUGUAGAAGAUGGUAGCCUCAGAGUGGCUUGUCCUCAGGUAUCUGUAUAGAUGGCCUCAGAGUUCUAUACCAACUGUACUUCUUUUUCUAUUUCAGUUUUGUGGUGUAAAAAUAAACAAGAAAACUGCUGCUUUAAUUCAGAAAA